UGUAAAAGGCCUCCGUUUCCUCUUCUGAUCUGCAUGGUUUCGGAUUUUUUUACCCCCAAAUUUCGCCUAACUGUAGAUUUCUAGGGUUUCUGAUUCGUCUCUUGCUUACGAAUCGGCAUCUCUGGAAUCGAUUUUGCUGCUUCACUGCUCGGUUCCUCGAUCUUCUUUCGGCGAUGUUUCUCCUACUCAGGUGUUGUUCGGUUCCAUUGGCCUUUUUCUGAUCGACUUCGUCUCGAGGAGAAGACACCUUGUUUCUGUAAAUGCAGUGGAGGGUAUUGUAUAUCAUUUGGAGUUUUGAUGAUCUAAGGCUGUAAUCUUGGAUGAGAUUGGUUACUGGCUGAUUUGAUGAGGAAGAAGAGGAAAGGUAGCGAAGCUGAGGGCUCGGAGAACAUACUGGAGAAUUUAACAUCUGCAACUGCAUCGAGAUCAUCGAACCUUAGGUCUCACUUUUCGUUGGAGGAUUAUUGUCGACUGAAAAAGAGGUGCAAGGAAAAUGACGCUGUUGAAUCUGCUGGUUCUUUUAAGCGUAGACUUGCAGGUGUUGCCACUGCGCCUCCCUGUGGUGCAUCAUCUUUGGUGCCACCUGGAAGAGGCUUAAAGAGGAAGAUAGGGUGCAUAGAUGCUUCCACUCAGACUGGUAGGAAGAAUAACAUUCAUGAUGAUUAUGUUUCCGGCCCAACGAUCGGGCAAGGCAAAUUUGGAUCUGUCUGGAUCUGUAGAUCUAGGAGUAGCGGGAUGGAGUUUGCUUGUAAAACUCUGCAGAAGGGGGAAGAGACCGUUCAUAGGGAAGUUGAGAUAAUGCAGCAUCUUUCGGGUCAUCCAGGGGUUGUCACAUUGCAUGCUGUAUACGAAGAGAUAGACUGUUUUCACCUUGUCAUGGAGUUGUGUUCUCGGGGACGGUUGAUUGAUGAGAUGGUCAAGGAGGGUAGGCAUUCUGAGCAGCGGACAGCUAAUAUAUUCAAGGAUCUCAUGCUUGCCAUCAGUUAUUGUCACGAAAUGGGAGUGGUACACAGAGAUAUUAAACCAGAGAAUAUUCUCCUCACAGCCGCCGGGAAGAUAAAAGUGGCUGAUUUUGGCCUGGCCAUGAGAAUUGCAAAGGGUCAAACAUUGUCUGGAUUGGCUGGAAGUCCUGCUUAUGUUGCACCAGAAGUUCUCUCUGGAAACUACUCGGAGAAAGUUGACAUUUGGAGUGCGGGUGUUCUCCUGUACGCUCUCCUCUCGGGGGUGCUUCCAUUUCAGGGAGACUCUUUGGAGGCCAUAUUUGAAGCGAUCAAGAAUGUGAAGCUUGAUUUGCACUCCGGAGUGUGGGAGUCUGUGUCCAAACCUGCUCGUGACCUCUUGGCGAGAAUGCUGACAAGGGACGUAUCUGUCAGAAUAACCGCAGAUGAAGUGCUAAGGCAUCCAUGGAUACUCUUUUACACUGACCGCACACUCAAGACAUUGUGUAUCAAGUCUAAGCACAAGAAUCAAGCGGGUUCUCCUCUGUGCCUGCUUCGUUCUAGUUCCAAGACCUUUGACCUAGACGGAACUGACCCUAUCAGCUCAACAUCUUUCCGAGUAAACUCCUUACCACUCUCACCAUCCGGGAAUUCAGACUCUAACACACAGGAGGAGGAUGAAAGCGGCUUUGUAGAUGUACUCGUAGCUGCAAUAGCUGACGUGAGGAUCUCAGAACCGAAAAGAAGCAGAAUAUGUGGACCCAACGGCCCCAUCGAACAGCAACACUCGUCUAACCUGACGGCUAACACACUGUGUAGAGCCUUCUGACCGCCGUACAGAUUAACUCUCCCACUAAACGCUCUCACCCCAACCGCGUGUAAGCCACAAGUCCAUCCAUAAUUUGGUAAGCAGGUGAUUUGCCGCCUACUACGACGACUACUAGCUCGCCCGUUCUGUCAAUAUUCUCGAGAAUGGAAUUCGACCUGAUAUGGUUUUUGCUUGUUCCUAGUCAGAUGAUGUACAGAUCGUGUGUAAAUAUGAUGAUGGUUGAUUUGAAGGAAACUCGAUUCGGUUUCAAUACCAUGUUGCAGCAUGCAGAUUCGUGGA